UUCUGCUGAACAUUCAUGGUCUCUUCUCCAUUUUUUUCCCGAAAAAUUGCUCUAGUUGUAGCAGUUUACCUUUCCCAUCUAAAAUUGCUUUCACAGCAGUAAUUACUGAUAUAUUAUUGAGUUCUUUUUUAUAUCUUCUCAUCUCAAUUGGAUCAAGACUUUUCUAUCUAUAAUGAUGCCAGUUAAUGUUAUAGAUGUUCUACAGUCUUCCAAUGGGAAAGUUUACGUCGAAGACAGUGAAGCCAAACUAAUCACAUUGGUUGGUACAAUAGAAAAAAUUGAACCAAAAAUUAAUUGUAUUUCCUACAUGAUAAGAGACGAUACGGGCGAGAUCGAGGUUUUACUUUGGGUUGACAUUGGAUCUGCGAUUGACUCACACAACACUAAAUUUUCAAAAGGAAUGUUUUGUCGCGUUGUUGGGUCUCCUAAAGUUACGGAUGGAAUCACUCAUGUGAUUGCACUAAAUAUAUCGAAACUUUCGAGUGCCAAUGAAAUCACGACGCAUUUGCUGGAGACACAAUGGAUAAGAAUGAAACUACGUCAGUUGAAAAAGAAUAACGCUUCCAGCGAUUCCCAACUUCCAAACUCUGUUAUCACCCUAGCACCACAACAACGUUUGAUCUACACAAUUGUUAAAGCAGAAACAAAUGAUAUUGGAAUUGAAAAAGCAGUCGUCGUGGAACGUGUUCAUGGUGAAUUACCGCAACGAGAAGUCGAGUAA